AUGCGUCGACCAAGUGUGCAAGUUGGAAUUAUUGGUGCCGGGAUGGGAGGCCUGGCGGCGGGCAUUGCCAUGGCAAGAGCAGGAGCCCAGGUGACUCUGUUGGAGGCCGCCUCUGAAUUGGGGGAGAUAGGUGCAGGUAUUCAGAUGGUUCCAAAUGUGUCUCGCUUCCUGAUCCGCUGGGGAGUUGACAAGAUCAUCGGAGAUAACCUGGUUUUGCACGAUGAGUGCAAUACGUGGGACAAAUCCGAGCUGGUGGCGUGGGCCGAUCCCAAAGUCAUGGCGAAGAAUACCGGUUUUCCCUGGUGGGUUGUUCGUCGAGACCAUUUGCAUGCCGGGUUGUCCGAAUCAGCCAAGCGCCACGGUGCCAAAAUGGUUGUGAAUGCAAGGGUCUGCAAGAUAGGAUACGUAGAGGACGAUGUCGAAGUCGAGACCACGGGAGGCGACGUUUAUCGCUUCCAUCUGGUGAUCGGGGCAGAUGGUAUCCGGUCAUUUAUGCGACAGCAACUCUUUCCCGGAGUGAUGCCCAAAGCAACAUCCAAGGUUGCCGCCUAUCGAGGAGUACUGUCGUACGACAAGAUUUUCGCCGAAGUGCCCGAAGCCCGAUCUUACCUUCGCAACACGAUGGACGUAUGGUCAGGGAUGAAAGGAUAUGUUCUGACAUAUCCCAUAUCGGGCGGAAAGGAGUGCAAUAUCGUCACAGCAUUUUGCAAAGAUUACUAUGUCACCCAAAUGGAAGAGGUGGACAUCAACGAAUUCCGUGAAUACUACAAAGAUCUCCACCCUAUUAUCCAGAAGGUCAUCAGACUUGUUCCGUAUACACAACGCUGGCCUCUGCUCCAGAUGCCGAAGAUGGAACGAUGGUCCAAUGAGAAGAGGAAUGUCGUUCUUCUUGGUGAUGCUGCUCACUGUAUGCAAAAUCAUAUGGCACAAGGGGCCGCUACCGCCGUGGAAGACGGAGCUUUCCUCGGGCGAGUGAUCUCGGGGGUGGUGAGGGGUGCCAUCGACGUUCCCAAAGCAGUCGAGCUCUAUGAGAACCGUCGAAUUCCAAAAGCAUGGAUCAAACAACAAAUCUCUUUCGUUUCUGGGAUCGUGAAUAUGACGAGCGAGGAAGAAAGACUGAAGAUCCGCGACAAGGCGACAAGGCCCGAGAUUUGGGCACGCGAUCAAAACCCCGUCGAUCCGCCACAGCUGCCUCCCGCAUAUCGAUCAUGGCAGUUCUACUCCAGUGAGAACACCAUGCCGGGGCUGUUCUAUUAUGACGCGGAGGGCGAUGCCGACAACGCCGUUUGCGAAUACCUUCAAAGCGUUGGCGAAGUAGACGAUUUUGAGAUGCUUUCUGCCAAUCUGAAGAACAUGUGGACCGGGUAUGUCGACAAUAACGGCACUACCAUUGAGGAAUAA